AUUAUUUGAUACAUUAUUAUAAGCCAGAUAUGAACAAGGACAUAUGUUACAUAACAUAAUAUAUUAUGAGCUACCUAUGCACAAAGACAGGUUAGUUGUUUCCAUGGAUAUUCUUCAGAGCUCCAUGAUCUACAUACCAGCAACCAUUCUCUCACUUAUUUUUUGUGGGUUCAUAGUUCAUAUUUUGACCAGAAAAAUACUAGGGAAACAUGGCAAAAAGAGAUUAUACCAUCCAAUUGGUGGCACCAUUUUCAAUCAGCUUCUCAACUUCCACAGGUUGCACCAUUACAUGACUGAUCUUGCAGGCAAAUACAGGACUUACAGAUUGAUUAGCCCUUUCAGGAAUGAGAUUUAUACUGCUGAUCCUGUUAAUGUUGAGUGCAUUCUCAAAACAAACUUUGAUAACUACGGCAGGGGAAGGUAUCAUCACAGCAUUCUGACGGAUCUGUUAGGGGAUGGGAUAUUCACAGUUGAUGGUGAUAAGUGGAGGGAACAGAGGAAAUUGUCAAGCCAUGAGUUUUCGACGAGGGUGCUGAGGGAUUUCAGCAGUGUGAUCUUCAGAAAAAAUGUGGCAAAGCUUGCCCACAUGUUGUCUGAAGCUGCCAAUUCCAGCAAGAUAGUUGAUAUCCAAGAUCUAUUCAUGAAAGCAACUCUAGAUUCUAUUUUCAGAGUUGCCUUUGGAGUUGAGCUAGACAGCAUGUGUGGUUCAAACGAUGAAGGCAGAGAAUUUAGCGAUGCAUUUGACAAUGCAAGUGAAAUGACACUUUGGAGAUAUGUUGAUAUCUUCUGGAAGAUUAAGAAAACUCUCAAUAUCGGAUCAGAAGCCAAGCUAAGGGACAAUAUAAGAACUAUUGAUGCAUUUGUUUAUAAGCUGAUCCAAAGGAAAACCGAGCAGAUGAGUAAACCAGAAGCUAAUUUAUCUUUGCAGUGGAAGAAAGAAGACAUUUUGUCAAGGUUUCUGCAAAUAACAGGAACGGAUCCAAAGUUUUUGCGCGAUAUAAUAUUGAGCUUCAUUAUAGCAGGCAAAGAUACAACAGCAACCACCCUUUCUUGGUUUAUAUAUAUGCUUUGCAAGUACCCUCAUGUACAGGAGAAAGUAGCACAAGAGAUUAAAGAAGCAGCAACUGACAAAGAAGAUGUAAUGGACAUAACGGAUUUUGCUGCCAAUGUGAGUGAAGAUGCCCUUGAAAAGAUGCAAUAUCUUCAUGCAGCAUUGACAGAGACUCUUAGGCUCUAUCCUGCAGUUCCAGUGGAUGCAAAACUAAGCUUUUCGGAUGAUACCUUACCAGAUGGAUACAGAGUGAACAAAGGGGACAUGGUGUCUUACCAACCAUACGCAAUGGGAAGAAUGAGAUUUAUAUGGGGUGAUGAUGCAGAAGAAUAUAAACCAGAGAGAUGGCUUGAUGGGAAUGGUUUCUUCAGGCAAGAGAGUCCCUUCAACUUUACAGCUUUCCAGGCAGGUCCAAGAAUCUGUUUGGGAAAGGAGUUCGCUUACAGGCAAAUGAAGAUAUUCUCUGCUGUGUUAUUACGUUACUUCGCUUUCAAGUUGAGUGAUGACAAGAAGACUGUCAACUACAGGACAAUGAUUAAUCUUCAUAUCGACGGGGGACUGCACGUUCGUGUCUUUCAUAGAUAGGGCCAUUAAAGAGAGCCAUAGAUAUUUUAGAUCUCCUCACUGAGUCCUGUAUACUAGAGAUAGCAAAUAUGAUACUGUUAGUUUUUUUCUUGAAUGCUGUUUAUGACAUCAGUAUCCAAAAUAAGCCUGUAGAUUUAGGUCUGAACUCUAAGAAAGGCAUCAUUGUUUCACAUUAACAUUUUCCUUGUCUUAAGUCAGUUUGAGUUUUUCACUGGAA